AAUGGCGGGGCCAUUUUUAUCUGAACCUGUUUUAUUCAGCAGAGAGGGCGUCAAGUAAUCAGACAGAGCUACGAGGACUGGACCUUCUCCGAAGGAAGACUGACAAACGUCCAUUUUGAAUGUUCUAUCGAAAAUAUAUUUUUAUUCGAACGCGUUUUAAUACCAUCCCAGUUCGAAAUUUAACUAAAAUAAAAUUUGUGACAUUUCACCGUAAAAUUGCACAAGGAGGCUCACGUCGUGGCGGUUCUUAGUUUCCCAGAGCCGGGUGUGAUUGGUUUUAUUGCCACAAUAGGAUGCGUUUAUUGGCGUUAUUAGAAGUGAAUUCGGUGUUGUUUCUUGAAGGCGGGGCGCCAGGCCAGCUGGGUGGAGCCACUAAGAAUAAUGUCUUAUUAGGAAACGAUAAAAAACGACACACUGCUCAAACUCCACACAGAGUAACAGGAUCUUAACAUUGACGGACAGGAUAGCAGUCGAUCGGAUACCGAACUCUGUUCCUCCUGGUGAUCAGGCAAAAGACGCAGCAAUGGAGGUGAUAAUGAAGUCAAGUGGAGCCAACCUGAAGGUGGACUUAAAAACAACAAGAAAGCUCCUCAAACCGCAGGUGGAGAAGCGUCGGAGGGAGAGAAUGAACCGCAGUCUGGAGAGCCUGAGAGCGCUGCUGCUGCAGGGGUCCCAGCACCAGGCGCUGGCGAGUCGCAGAGUGGAGAAAGCAGAGGUGCUAGAGCACACGGUGCUCUUCCUGCAGAGCGCUGCCCACAGAGGGGCAGCUGAAGGCAGCCAGCAGCAGGACUUCCAGGACGGGUUCUCCACCUGCCUGCAGCGAGCAGCGCGCUUCCUGCGGGACAGCAGGGCGGGGCAGCAAGGGGAGGGGGCGCUGAGCGUCACCCUGUCCCGUCACCUGACGCACCUCGGCCCGCUCCCCAGAGCUCCCAUCAGCCCCCACUCUGCCCACAUGCAGCCCAAGGGGCAGAGCGCCCAGCUGGGGGGGCAGAAUUGGCACUGCAGCCAGCAGCAUGGAGCUGCCCUCAGGAACAGCCCCUCCCACCAGCUCAGAGCGGCCCUGGCACACAGACACCCCAACCUGCCCCAGCCCCCCCACAGAGAGGCUCUGUCAGCCCCCACAAACAGCCAGUCACCAUGGAGACCCUGGUCCUAAUACCAGCCUCAAGAUAGACACUGCCUUCCGAUUGGCUGGGACACUGAAGGAAAGAUUU